GUUUUUUGGGGUUUGGGGUCUUUGCUGCUCGCGCAGGCCCUCCUCCCCGCUAAUCCCCGUCGCCGCCCCUCUGCGACGUGAGCAGGCCCAGGGGAAGACGCCGGGACACCCGGAAGCCGGAAAUGCUGAGUGUGCGGGGCCGGACGUCCCGAGACCGGAGGAGGAGCUGGUGGAACCAGCCGGAUCUGGCUGUGGCGGGACCCGGGCCUGUCCGCUGCGACUCCGGGGUCUGGGACCCGAGUUCCCCUGGAGCGGCUCGGCCCUCGGUCCUCUCGGCCGCAGGGUGGGGCUGGGCCGGCAGCUGGGACUCCGGGAGUCCUGUCCUGUCCCUGCGCAGUGACUGUCGCCCCAGAGCCCUCUCUGGGCAGCUCCGCAUCUCCCCAGAUUGUGCGGGGGCCACGGGAGGAUCAUGGGGGGAUCCCGCCUCCGGCCUGGGGAUCCUGUGGGAGGAGCCAUGGCCUGUGGGCUCCCCAGUCCCGCCUUUCCCCCCGAAGGCGGCCCCCGCUUCUCCCUGAGUCUUCCAAAAGGAAAGAAAUGGGAAGAUGAGAACAUUGAAGAUCUGUACCCAAAUCCUGGGAGAAAUUUAAGAAAUCAUAUGGUAGAGAGACCCUGUGAAAAUAAAGAAGGUAGUCAAUGUGGAGAAGCCUUCAGCCAGAUUCCAGGUCAUAAUCUGAAUAAGAAAACGCCUCCUGGAGUAAAGCCACCUGAAAGCCAUGUGUGUGGAGAGGUAGGUGUGGGCUAUCCAUCCACUGAAAGGUACAUCAGAGAUUGCCUCGGACGCAAACCCUGUGAAUAUCAGGAAUGUAGACAGAAGGCAUGUACAUGUAAGCCAUGUGGGAAUGCCUUUCGUUUUCACCACUCCUUUCACAUACACGAAAGGCCUCACAGUGGAGAAAACCUCUAUGAAUGUUAGGAAUUUCAGAAAACAUUCACUUCCCCCCCAAACCUUCAAAGACGUGAAAAUGCAUAGUGGAGAUGGACCUUACAAAUGCAAGGUGGGUAGGAAAACCUUUGACUCUCCCAGUUCAUUUCGAAUACAUGGAUGAUCUCAUUCUGGAGAGAAACCCAAUGUGUGUAGGCACUGUGGGAGUGCCUACAAUCAUUUCAGUUUCGUGUGUGUGCAUGGGUGUGUGUGGCAAGGUCUCACUCUUGUCAUCCAGGCUGGAGUGCAGUGGCACGAUCUCAGCUCACUGCAGCCUCUGCCUCCCAGGUUCAAGUGAUUCUCCUUCCUCAGCCUCCCAAAUAGCUGGGAUUACAAGCACGUGUCACCAUGGCCGGCUAUUUUUUGUAUUUAUGGUAGAGACGGUGUUUCACCAUGUUGGCCAGGCUGGUCUCGAACUCCUGGCCUCAAGUGAUCCGCCUGCCUUGGCCUCCCAAAGUGCUGGGUUUACAGAUGUGAGCCACCACACUUAGCUGGGAUUCUUCUUAGCAAGAGCUGAAAGACUAGGGUAAAAGGACUCAGGGCCCCAACAAGCCUGUCUUGAAGCUCUUUUUGAUGGUAGGAGCACCCGGUGGCCAAAGAUACCCAUACAUCACAAACAUCUGGAUAGAAGUAAGAGGUCUCCCUCCCAUGCUCUGUCAUUGAAUGCACACCAAGUUUCUUGGGUUAUAUAUUUGGCAUUUCUGUAAUUCCAUAGAGAUAAUCAUCAACAGUUUUCCCCAAGUGAUACCUCCUUGGGGGCAUCCUAAUCCUUGAGCACUGGCAUACUGUUUCAGUGCCAGUCUUGUGGCCAUUUCUAGGCCUAAGUUUUCCAGUUUAAGUCCCCUCUCUGAGCCUUCUGGCUGGAAAAUGUCUUUGUGAAUCCACAUCCACCCAUGCUUUCGAAGAGUCAACAGAGAUCCCAAGCGGCUGUGAUGUGAGAUGGUGGAGGAAGCAGUGGCAGAACCCAGGUCAUGAGUGUAAGUGACCUCAGUUACUCCAAUCCCUGCAGCUACAUAAGAGCUCAGCCACCCACAGACACGGUCACAAUAGUCUCACAACUGAAGAAGACGCCAAGGUUAUAUUUCUUCUUCAGCACUGGUUUUGUUGUGUCCCAUAAGACAGGGGUUCCCCAAGACGCCCAGCUGGUACCGGUCUGUGGCUGUUAGAUCUGGGCCACACAGCAGGAGAGUGGCGGAAGGGGUGGGGUGGGGUGAGCAUUACCACUUGAGCUCCGCCUCCUGUCCACCACUAUGAGAUUCACCAACAUAGUGAGAUCCCAUCGUUACCAAAAAAAUUGUUUCUAAAUUAGCCAGGCGUGGUGAUGUGCAUCUGUAGUUCCAGCUACUCAGGAGGCUGAGGUGAGAGGAUUGCUUGAGUACAGGAAUUCGAGGCUGCAGUGAGCCAUAUUCAUGCCACUACAUUCCAGCCUGGGUGACAAAGUGAGACCCUGUCUCAAAAAAAAAAAAAAAGAAAAGAGAAAUACAGAAAGGGCUCUCUCAGCUCUCUGGCACAUUCUGUCCCACAAGUCUAGACCUAGGGAAGGAGAAAGGUCAGGGUCCCUCUCCCAGCUGAGGGCUCCCAGGCAGAACCCCAGACUGGUGCACACGCAGAACCCUAGGCUGGUGCACACACAGAAUCCCAGGCUGGCGCAAAUGCAGAAUCCCAGGCUGGUGCAAAUGCAGAAUCCCAGGCUGGCACACACGCAGGCUCCCAGACCCUGCUCCAGUGCCCUCUCUCCUCAAAGGAGACACAAUUCAACUCAUCCAGCUCUUUCUGCUUAUGCACUUUAUCAUACAACUGAACACACAGAUGCAAAGGCAGACAGAUCUGAGCAAUGCCACACAGUCGCACUGGCUCUGAAAUGCGCACUGGCGGUGACACCCCCAGCCAGAACCAGAGACACCACCACUCAUUCUGCACACACCUACGGAGCCCUUGCCAAAUGCCUGGUGCUCAUCUGGGGCUGGAAUAAACUGGAGACACACAGCCAUUCCAUGUGCGAGGGCACUGUGUGUGCUGAAUCGUGUCCCUCCAAAAUUCAUGUUCACUCAGAACCUCAGAAUGUGACCUUUGGAGACAGGGAGGGGAACAACAUACACUGGGGCCUGUUGGGGUAGGGCAGGGGUGGGGAGAACCUCAGAAAAAUAGCUAAUGCAUGCCGGGCAUAAUACCUAGGUGAUAGGUUGAUAGGUGCAGCAAAGCACCAUGGCACACAUUUGCCUGUGUGACAAACCUGCAC